AUGAGAAUUAUAUUGAAAACUUAUUUAGUAGUAAACUUAAAUACUGCUAUGAUUCAAGACAAGACAGCUAAGAAAAUAGCUAAUCUAAUAAUUGCUGAAAUUGAAAGUAGCAAUGAUUAUUUAUAG